AGUCUUUCCGCCGGAACAACACAGCUAGGCCUCGAAGGUUUUGUAGUUCUAUUUUAUUUUGAUUCCGAUAUAACCAGCUUUCUGAAAAUAAUGCGUGCAGAUAAGCGUUAUAGCAUAUAUUAUUGAAUAUUUCACGGCAUGAUGACUCAAAGACAGGAUUAUGUGGCGACUUCAGUAUAAAGGUGUGGAACAUACAGCAAAAUGAUUCUCAACGGAACAAGCGCACUGUUGCGCUCAUUGUUUACUUCCGGUUAAGAUUAUUUCUUUUUUUUAGCUGGCUAGCCAGUUACCAUAACGAGAGGCGGAUAAAAUGCAGCAACGGGAAGAAAAAUUACUGGAAGCAUCCGUGGAAUCCCUUAUUUCCCGCGUGGCACAUCUCAAAAACGCUCUUCACAGUUUCAUCUACAAGUUGGAAAACGAGUAUGAACGACUGACAUGGCCCUCAGUGUUGGACAACUUUGCCCUCCUGUCCGGUCAGUUGAAUACCAUCAAUAAACUGUUGCGGAAUGAGAAGACACCAUCUUUCCGUCAGCAGGUCAUCAUCCCCCUUCUGCUGUCUCCAGACAGGGAUGAGGAACUAGCUAAACUGACAGAGCAGCGUGUGCCCGUGUUCAGCCAUGAGAUUGUGCCAGAUCACCUGCGCACCAAGCCUGAUCCUGAGGUGGAGGAGCAGGAGAAACAGCUGAGUGCAGAAGCUGCCCGGAUAGGACCUGAGGUGGCACAGAAACAAAUCCAGACACUGAAUAAGCUAUGCUCAAAUCUACUGGAGAAACUGAACAAUCCUCGCGAUGACAGGGAUGCAGAAAGUGCAGCUAUACGGCAAAACAAACCAUCAUUCAACACCGCUGACACCAAUGCACUGGUGGCAGCGGUGGGCUUUGGCAAGGGGCUUUCGAAGUGCAGGCCCCCUGGGCCCGUUGCCCCUGGUCACCCAGGACAAGGACCCAUGAUGAGUGGAGGUCCCACCUUACAGCAAGUUACCAUUGGUGGGGGUUCAGGCCAGCAUCAAGGCAUGGGGCCUGGUGCUCCUCAGCAACAGGGACAGGCUGGGAAAAUGCCAAGCAACAUCAAGACAAACAUCAAGGCUGCCUCCUCAAUGCAUCCUUACAACCGAUAAGAUUCUCUCUAUCCCAUACUGAUAAAGUAUUCAGGAUGAUGAGAGAGUGACGUAAAGCAAUGACAAUUUUCAUAUUGAUAUAUGCUGUGUUUUAUCUUUUGAUUAAAUAAAUCCAUUUGAAAAGAAGG